CAGACUCUUCUUCUCUUCUCUUCCUUUUCUUCUCUAACCGUAUAUUCAAUCCAUCACCACCUUUCCCGACUUUAACAUCUCGAAUUUUAAAAAGCUCCCAAAUUCAAACACACAAGUCAAAAUGGUCAAAGCAGUUGCCGUCCUCCGAGGAGACUCCAAGAUCACUGGCACAGUGACCUUUGAGCAGACCUCCGAAUCCGGCCCAACCACCAUCACCUGGGACAUUACCGGCCACGACGCCAAUGCUGAGCGAGGCAUGCACGUUCACCAGUUUGGUGACAACACCAACGGUUGCACCAGCGCCGGUCCUCACUGUAUGUAUUUGCCUACGAAAGGACCAUCAUCUCGACGCACGACCGACAAAAACAAAUGCUUACUGUCCACACAGACAACCCAUUCGGCAAGACCCACGGUGCCCCCUCAGACUCUGACCGUCACGUCGGUGACCUUGGAAACUUCAAGACCGAUGGUCAAGGUAACGCCAAGGGUAGCGUGAGCGACAGUCUCGUCAAGUUGUUUGGAGAGCACAGUGUCCUAGGAGUACGUUUUACAUCCUUCACCUCUCCCUCUGACACCCUCCCCCCUCCCCUCUCCACCAACACAAUCGAGACAAGAGAGACUAACAUGUAUCGUCUCACACAACAGCGAACCAUCGUCGUCCACGCCGGUACCGAUGAUCUCGGCAAGGGCGGGAACGAAGAGAGCAAGAAGACCGGUAACGCUGGUCCUCGACCUGCCUGCGGUGUCAUUGGCAUCGCCGCAUAAGAUGUUGAAAAAGCAGCAAGACAAAAAAACAUGAGGGGAGAAGAACAAAGACAAAGACAAAACAAGAAAUAGAUUGGUUGUUUUCCGAGGCAAAAAGGAACUGCAUUGCAACUGCAAAGCCAGAGAGCCAACUGGAUCUUGUUUUUGUUCUUGUCGACAACCCUCACUUAUUUUUAAAACAACCGACAGCAUGCAAUUAUUUUGGAAUGAUGAAAUGAUGGAGUGAUACCACCAGGUUUCCUUUUUCUUAGCUAGCCAGCUGGUCUUGGUUUCCAUGGACCACGUAGCAAAAAGAAUUAAAGUCACCCAAAAAGCAAAUAUAAACGAAACAAGUCAAUCCAAACAAAUAUCCA